UCUUAGCAGGAGCUUCUGUCAGUCCCAAAGGCGUGUUUGUUUCUCGGAGCCAUAGGACCUUCGCUGUUGUCGUUAGGCUAAUAUCUGCUAAGAUGACAGAGCUGAGGCACCGUGGAGCCAGAGACUCCGACCCAACGUUACAACAGCAGCCGUCAGAGGACAAGGGCUCCGACAGUGAGCUGAAGGUGGAGAAAGACGGCGAUUCCAAGGUGGACUCAGGGGUCCCAGAGGUGCCAGUCCCUCCUGACGACACCCCCGAAGUACUAAACAAGGCCCUGUCUGGACUCUCCUCAAGAUGGAAGAACUGGUGGGUACGAGGGAUCCUCACACUAGCGAUGAUCUCCUUCUUCUUCUUCAUCAUCUACCUGGGCCCAAUGGUGCUUAUGAUGAUUGUCCUCUGUGUCCAGAUCAAAUGCUUCCAAGAAAUCAUCACCAUCGGCUACAGCGUUUACCACUCUUACCACCUGCCCUGGUUCAGGACGUUGAGCUGGUACUUCCUGCUGUGCGUGAACUACUUCUUCUAUGGCGAGACCGUGACUGAUUACUUUUUCACACUGGUGCAGAGGGAGGAGCCACUUCGCAUCCUGAGCAAAUACCACCGCUUUAUCUCCUUUGCCCUCUACCUCACAGGUUUCUGCAUGUUUGUGCUGAGUUUGGUGAAGAAGCACUAUCGCCUGCAGUUCUACAUGUUUGGUUGGACUCAUGUGACUCUGCUGAUUGUGGUGACUCAGUCUCACCUCAUUAUUCACAACCUGUUUGAGGGCAUGAUCUGGUUCAUCGUGCCAAUUUCCUGUGUGAUCUGUAAUGACAUUAUGGCCUACAUGUUUGGUUUCUUCUUCGGCCGCACCCCUCUCAUUAAGCUGUCACCUAAAAAGACAUGGGAGGGAUUCAUCGGUGGAUUAUUCGCCACCAUCGUGUUUGGCAUCAUGCUCUCCUACGUGAUGGCAGGCUGGCGCUACUUCGUCUGUCCAGUGGAGUUCAACAAUGACUCCAACAGCUUCCAGGUGGACUGUGAGCCGUCAGAGCUUUUCCAGCUCCAGGACUACGCCCUGCCCAGCAUCCUGGAGUCUGUCACUGGAUGGACCACAGUGCGGCUCUAUCCAUUCCAGAUCCACAGCAUCGCUCUGUCCUCAUUUGCCUCCAUCGUGGGACCCUUCGGUGGCUUCUUUGCCAGUGGCUUCAAGAGGGCCUUCAAGAUCAAGGAUUUUGCCAACACUAUCCCAGGUCACGGUGGCAUCAUGGAUAGAUUCGACUGCCAGUACCUCAUGGCCACAUUUGUUAAUGUGUACAUAGCAAGCUUCAUCAGGGGCCCCAACCCGAGCAAGGUGAUCCAGCAGCUCCUGGCCCUCCGUGCCGACCAGCAGCUCCACAUCUUCAACUCCUUGAAGGCUCACCUGAUAGAGAAGGGCCUCCUGCCUGCACUGGAGGAGGCCGCCGCCUAGAGCCAGCCGGAGCCACACCGGCUAGCCCUGAACGGGGCUGGAAGACCGGAGAGGAGGGAACCACCCGAGGGGAGGCUCUGUGCAGCCCCCGGAGCUCUGGGAGACUUGCAGUGCUUUGUGUGAGCGAGAACACAUCCAAGAAGAAAAAAAAAAGGAAAAAAAAAAAGAGAAAACAACAAAAAACUACAGCCUUGGGUCAUUCCAUGUCAUUUGGGUAUGAGAGUCGUGUGUUUGUUCAUACAGUUGUGUGAAUCAUGUUUCUUACACCAGUGUUUUCAGGUUGAGUUAGUGAAUUACUGUUACACAUUUCCAUAAUAGCCGGCUUGUAUCUAUUCACACUGUUGAACAAAAUGUUGCUCAGCUGUACAUUACUACCUGUAUAUAUGCAGGAUAUCCUCUAUAUACCUAAUAAUGUGUGUUAAUAUUUUAUUGUACUUUUCUUUUUUUUUUUUGUUGUUGGUUUGUUUAUUUUUUGUUUUGUUUUAAUGCACUGCUCCCAACACCGUUACUCACUGUACUGUUACCCCUGCUGCAACCCCCCUCCCCCUCCCCCUCCUUUUUAAGUUUUAAUUUCCUUUGUUGUGAUUGUUUCUAUUUAUACAUAGAUGGUUUUUAUAUUUGGUAUGUUCUAUUAUCUUAAUGUCUGUGUCUGAUGUAUUCAGACAGAGUUUGUCUUUGCCAUCUGCCAUAUGCAUUAAUAUGUGUGUGUGUGUGCGUGUGUGUGUGACUCCUUCCACUGCCAUUCAUCACUUCAAGGCCUCUCAUACUUUGCCAAAUCACAGACAGUAUAUUUUCAUGCAGGAACAUAAGAUGGAUGAUUUAAGUUACCCCAAAGUAUUUGACAGAAUCAGUGCGAUGUUGAAAUUCACAAUCCGGUCUGUUUUUGAUGAGUUUGGUGCGUGAAGAAGCGGUUUAGCAAAACUGUGUCAUAUUAUGAGUCAGAGGAGAUAUCUGAAAACCAGUGUGAUGGACACCAGCACUCCUUUCAGCGUAAUACACACUCAGCUGGUAGCUAUUUUACGGGAAAGCAAGUGGCGCACUCACAGAAAAAACACAAUCCUGUUUUUGUUUUUUUUUUGUUUCAUUCUGUAUUUUUAUCUUUAACAAGUCAGGAGCUAUAAGGUUUUACACGUGGUGAGGUUGUUGCAUUUGAGCAUUAGAGCAUUUGUUACACUGUUGUGAUGGGAUGUAACGGUACUGGUAAGGCAUGUUUCGAUGAAGGUCUCUACACUGCCGUCGUCUGCCUCUGUCUGUUGAAACCUCGCCUCGAUCACAGCGACAGAGCAGAAUUUAUGACUUUCACGGGUAAACUUGACCUAUUUAAGUGUCAUGCAUCUUAUGCCAAGUUGUAGUUUGCCAAUACAAUCAGCCACUGUAUACGCAGCAGUCAGUGGUCAUUCCUUAGUGUUUUUACAGUAUGGAGUUCUGUUAUAUACUGUAUACAUGCCACUGGCCAAUGUGUUUUAUUUGGUGGUAAAAAAUAUAAAAGCUUCUUUCCUGUUGGGUUCAAUUCUGCUGUUUUAAGUUUUCUGAAUUAAUUUCACCUACAGUCUGCAGAUGUAGUAUAUUUAAAACUGUCAGUACACGCUUCUGGUUAUUUUUCAUUGGGUUGAGGAGUUUAAAUAGUUUUACAAAUGAGAAUCUGAGCCACUGACUCCAUUUAAAGUCACCCUCCACUCAGAAAUGUGUUUUUCUUCUUGUUCCUACAGUUGGAUUUGUGAACUCCACUGUGCAGAAUGACGCAUGUGUAGAGUUUGACACUAGGAGACUGCUUUUACUCUCAUCUGCUCAAAUUAGAGAGUUUCUGUGUUCACUCAACAUUUGAUCAGACUCAAGUUAUUAUUCAAAGAAGAGUGUUUUCUAUACGUCUUAACACGUGUCUGGAGGGGAUUUUUAACCUCAGGUGAAGCUAUUGACAGUUUAUAGUUUACAACAGGUGGACCAUAAAGUCACAUGCAUUUUAAAGGUGCACUCCAGCUAUUUAGUUGCAUAAAGUUGGCAAAGUGGCAGGCUGAGAUGUCCUUUCGUUUUAGUCUUAGUAUAGCUCAAACUCCAAAAACGCUGCAUCUUACAUUUCCCAUAAUGGA